AUGACUGGCCCUAAGAGAGGCAUCGUACUGAAUUGUGAUGUUCUUUUUGAGUUUGAUAUGAGAAUCAAGAAUGGGGAGCAAGAGGAAAAUGAUCUCCAGCUAAUUGACGGAAUAACAGAGUUUUAUGAAAUGAGCAUGCCGGGUAAACCAUUCACUAUUCGCAUUAAUGGCGAUGCUGGCGCGGUGGACAUGUCUUUAACAAAUGUUUAUGGAGUUGAGGCUACAGUAGAAAUCUUCAUAUCCGAAGUGGAAAAUGGUUUUGAUUUAUCUAUUUGCUGUGUUGUUUCGGUACUGGAGGAACAUAAAGAAUUUCAGCUUUUUGGUGCUCCUAUUGGUGAAUCGUGUGGCUUAAGAAGGUUUGUGAUUGCUGUCUCCUUGGAUACUAUGAUGCAUUUGAAGUUCAAGGUACACCAACAUGGCUCAAAUGUUGUUGAACAUUGCUGUUCCUUUGAAGCUAAGCUGCAUGGAUGUGCCAGCCAUGACAUAAAGCUUGAGGUCGCUUGUUUCUCAGUGAAGGUGACUUGGUCGAAGUUAAUGGAAGAUUUGUAG